AUGAGGACCGUGUUUCUGCCCUGGGCAUUGGCAGCCCUCUUCCUUCUGGCCGACGUGACAGUUUCAGAAGUCUCAGCACUGGAAGGAGCAUUGCAACUUCAGAUUAUCAACUUUAAUUUUGAAACCGUUCAGGUCACGUGGAAUGCCAGCAAGGACUCUGGGACAAAUUUGACUUUCCUCUAUAAGUUAAGCAGUGAUGAGACCAGUAGCCAAUGCUCCAACUAUAUUCUUCAACAAAGUCAUACUGCCGGAUGCCUCCUGGAGGCAAAAAAAGAUGAAAUUCUGUGCUUUUCCAUCUGGAAUGCAACACAUCUUCUUCUCACCAAGUGCCAAUGGAUCAGUGCUUACUUGAAACCCAGCUCCCCGAAAGACUUGAACUUCCAGUGGCAUCAGGAAGCCAUCACAGUGACCUGUUCUGAUCUUCCCUACAAACGUCUCCUCUACGAAAUCCAGUACAAGAGUAUGUUCGACACUGAGUGGCAGUCCAAGGAGGGAGAAACCUGCAAUGUUACCACAGAUGGCUUGGAUGCUGAGAAAUGUUAUUUCUUCAGGGCCAGAGUGAAAACGAUGGAGUCCAGCUAUGGCCCUGACACAUACCCAAGUGACUGGUCAGAAGUGACACACCAGCAGAGGGGGGAGCUGAGAGAUUCGUGCCAGGAGAAAAAGCUUUUCCCCAGAUUUGUUUUAAUUUCUGGCAUGGUUGCUUUGCUGACCGUGUUCCUUCUCCUUCUGUCUUUAUGGAAAGUACGGAGAGUUCAGAAGCUCCUCAUGCCCAUGGUGCCUGAUCCCAAAUUCAGCUUCCCUGGGCUCUUUGAAUCCCACCAGGGUAACUUCCAGGAGUGGAUAAAGGACACCCAGAACGUGGCCCCCUUGAGUAAGAUGGAGGGUGCAGAGCAAGAGUGUAUCCCAGAAGAGGCCCUAGUUGUCCACGUGGUCAAGAAUGAGGCUGAGAUGCCCAUCAUGACGACCAACCCACUGUGCCCACAGAUGGAGGAGGAAGAGGCCUCCGGGGACCCCAGCCUGCUCCCUUGCCAGCCCCUGCAAGGUGGCGAGGAGAUUUCCCUGGGGGGCUUUACGUUUGUGAUGAGUGACAACUCUUACGUGAUGUUGUGA